UAAUGUAGAAAUAACGUGUAAUAUGUGUGGAUAAAACUAUAUGUUUUAAAAAGUCUUAAAAUUAUGUUGUGCGUCAAGUAUUCAACGUGCUGUUCACACACACAAAAAGAGAUUUUUAGUUGAUGAAUUCAUAUAGUGACGAGCCGAUAGUCGGGAAUGUGAGUCUGUGUAGUGUAGACCCAUCGAUUUUACGUAGCUGCUUGUAUUUUGGGCGGCUGCAGACAUCAACUUAGCUUGCCGACAGUGCUAGGCCUGCUUCUCCGGUAGGUGAGCUGUGGCUGUUUUAAUAAAUAACCGCGAAUAUCACCCGCCCUUUAGAGUUCGACAAUAAUUGCUGUUGUUGGAUCGGUAGAAUCUCAUCCAUUAAUCAUUUUUAUUUAUUUUAUAAUUAUAUGACGUUCAAAUCUGCUGUGGUUGAUUGACUGCAACGUUGCUAGACGAUGAAAUCAAAGGAUAGAGCAGAACGUGCAAAGCACAGUGCUGUUCGUUGACACUUUCCCAACACCUUAGUCAACUGAUGCUGUAACAACAUGGCUUCAAGUUUACGCCAUAUUGCUACAGAACCUGAUGACCUCAGUGAGAAGGCCAAUCAAAACAUCUUUGGGGACCAGAGGCAGAUAUGGGAGAAGAGCCAAAUCUACACUUCUGAUUCUGAUUUGAGUGUUGGUACAGGCAGCCUUUCGCAUGUCUCUCGGCAGUCAAGUUCUGUAGUUAAGUCUCGUUCUGCCCUUACGUUGGCCAUUCCCAAUUCAAAUGGACCAGGCAACAUAUGUGUGGCUCCUACUGAGUCUGAUUCUACCGAGAAAACUAUUUCACGAAAAAGUCGUAAAUCCAGAGGAAGUGAAUGGGAAAUUUUACAAGGACUCAGAAGUGGACAGAAGUGGGAGGCUAAACCAGAAAAAUUGGAAGGCUAUCUCUUGAAAAGAAGGAAAUGGCCCUUAAAAGGAUGGCAUAAAAGAUACUUCUGUCUCGAUAAGGGCAUUUUGUCUCAUUCAAAAUCAACAUCUGAUAUGUCACGUGGUAAACUCCAUGGUUGUGUUGAUAUUGGGUUGUCUGUGGUCUCGACAAAGAGUCGUGGGAGGAGAAUUGAUAUUGAUGCUGAAGAAUUUAUUUACCACUUAAAAGUCAAAAAAAGGUCACAGUUUCAACAAUGGAUAGAACAGCUACGAGAGCACAGAUUGUAUCGUCAGUACGAGAUUGCUUAUGGUAGCAAAGAGGCUCCUAAAAUCACUACGCCAGUGGAAGAAGUUCCAACAUUCGAUCCUGUUAUUGGACUGAUAACAGGAGAUACUCCAGCUCGGUCUUCGGUGGGGCGAGAAAACUCUAGACACAUGCGAAGCCCUGUCAGUCAGCAGAAUCGAGUUGCAGCUUGGAUAUUAGAUUCAGCUGCUAUUGAGCAAGGAAAUAAAGACCUGUCCUCUCUUAAGGACAAACUGUUCCAGUUGUCUGCCAUGUUGCAGCAGUUAGAAGGACUGUCCAAUACAUACACUGUAAGUCAUCUCGAGCUCCCAAAUGUUGAUACUACAUCACUGAAGAAAGAACGGAAGCGAUUUUACUUGAAAAAGAAUAAGAAAAACAAGCAGGUGUCAGAAACUAGUGACAAGGGCAAGGAAGAUCAAAAGAUUGGCCACAGCAAACAGCAACCCGUAGAAAUCGUAGUUUCCCAAGAGACACAAGAUGGCACCACUCCCAAAGAUGUUUGUGAUGUAGGAGAGAAAAGAGACAGAGCAAUGACAACAUCGUCACUACCUAUAAAGGACAUGGUUCACCUGAGUUCAUCUCAACCAUCUUUGUCCAAUUUAGAUGAUACUCUACGACCUCUCAGUGUUCCAGACUCCAGUUCAGUUUAUACCAGCAGUCUCGGGGAUUCCUCCUCAUCUUCCCAAACCAGCUUGUAUCGUUGUCAAGAAGAGUUUUUAGCUCUUGCUAAGGAUGUUCAUGAUGGACUUCGAACUGUGAACAGAAGCCUACACACAGAGCGGGAAAGAAUGAAACAACUCUUAGAAUCUGAAGGAAUACCUAGCUGUAGUAAUAGUGGAACUCUGAUAACGAACUUGAGAAAUUCAUUAGCCCAGGCUGUACAGCAGAAUACAGAACUCCGUACAAGACUACAACGUAUACAAGUAGAAGCUGACGUGACAACUCUUCCACUUCUCAUUGGAAGUCCUGUGAUCGAUUUUAGCGAAGAACCAACUCUUGUUCAACAACCAAUCCAUCAAUCUUCUUCAUAUGAGAAUUUCUCUGUGUUGUCAACUUCAGAGUACUUUGAUGCUUCAGAGAAGCUAUCUAUCUGUACUACAUCUUCGGAGGAAUCGUUGUCUGAUGAAGAAAGUUUCUGUAGUGAAGUAUCUGAUGAAGGAACCGAAUACACCCCUGUUCCCAGUGUUACAGAAACUCCAGGAUCUCAACCAUGUGACACUGGGAGACGUUCUAAAUUGCCAGCUCCAAAACCUGACACAGGUGACAUAAGUUUGUGGAAUUUAUUAUGCAAGAACAUAGGGAAAGAUCUGUCUAAAGUGAGCAUGCCAGUAACACUGAAUGAACCACUCAACAUCCUUCAGAGAAUGUGUGAAGAACUUGAGUACAAUGAGCUCUUAGAAAAAGCAGAUGAAACAGAGGAUGCUUUUGAACGCAUGGUGUAUAUUGCAGCAUUUGCUGUAUCAGCUUACAGUUCAUCUUAUUACAGAGCUGGACAUAAGCCAUUCAAUCCACUUCUGGGAGAAACCUAUGAAUGUGUUCGCGAAGACAAAGGGUUCAGAUUUGUGUCAGAGCAGGUGAGUCAUCAUCCUCCUGUAUCCGCAUGCCAUGCCGAAUCGAAGCACUACACAUUUUGGCAAGACAUGAGAGUGAAAAGUAAAUUUUGGGGAAAAUCUAUGGAAAUCAUUCCAGUUGGAACAGUUCAUGUGCAUUUGACAAAGAGGAACAACCAUUAUAGCUGGAACAAAGUGACCACUUGUGUGCAUAACCUCUUCAGUGGACAGCGGUGGGUUGACCAGUAUGGAGAGCUGAUAAUCAGUGACAGUACUGGGGAGGCUUCGUGUAAACUGACGUUUGUCAAGGCUAGUUAUUGGUCAAGUAAACGACAUGAAAUACACGGAUCAGUUACAGACAGAUUUGGAAAUGUUGUUCACAAGUUGUUUGGCCGGUGGACAGAAGCAUUUUACUGUGGCUCCCCUCCAAACGUCCGCUGUAUAUGGAGGCCAGGGGCCAUGCCGGAAGAUUAUGAAUUAUAUUAUGGGUUUACUCAGUUUGCAAUUGAGCUUAAUGAACUGGACUCUGACAUUGCAAAUUUUCUUCCACCUACGGACACCAGGUUUAGACCUGACCAAAGGCUUCUUGAAGAAGGUAAUGUGUCGGCUGCAGAGAGCGCAAAGAUGCAACUGGAACAGUCGCAAAGGGAGCGUAGAAAGAAACGAGAAGAAGAGGGGAUAGAAUACAUACCAAUGUGGUUUAGUAGAAAAGAUGAAGAUGAAGAAAGGAAGGAAGAGUGGACAUUCAAUAACUCCUACUGGGAAUUGCGUAAUAAACCUGGGUUUGCAAUUAUGAGUUUUCCAGAAAAGCUGUGGUAACAAUAAUAGGCUUAGAGUUAUUCACUUUUGAAGUAGUUGUGUUAGUACUUUUUUUUCUUGUGUACAUUCAGCCUGGGCCUUAUACAUCGACAGAAUAAAUGGCUGUUUACUAAAGUUUAAGACAAACCUUGACUGUUGCUAUUUUACCUCUACUUAAAUCUUACUGCUGAAAAUAGAUAUAUAGAAUGUUCAAAUAUUUGAAGAUUAAGACAAAUGGCUCAGGGUUUGGUUGCCAUAAAGAUAAAAAAAAUAUAAAAAAUAACAGAGAAAUGUAGAGAGAACACCGUUCUCUCUCUGCCCUCGCUCUUGUAAAUCAAUUGCUUAAAAUAAAUUAAUAUUUUAAGAAAUUUUUGUUUAAUUAUAUACCUAUAUACGUGAAGUGUUGUAGUUUGUUUUUUCUGACAAUUUGUAGCUAUGUUUUAAUUUAUACACAAGUUGUCUGUUAGUUUAAUUAAAUGGGAUGCUAGACAUCAGUGAUACUUAUUAUUUUAAAUUUCAGAAAUCAGUGAUUUUUAUCAUUAUGUUAUAAAAAUUGUUUCUGUGUGAUUUCAUGUGGUGCUUUUUUUAAAUCUUAUUUUCCACAACUAGUGAUUGUGUGAUUAGAAAUCAGUCUGAAACUAUUUCAUGAUUUCUAGAAUUAUUCUUUAUGUACGUAGAGAACAUUUUUCUAGUUGCUUCUGUAGAAAAUGUUGUAGAUAAUAUUCAAUUUUAGUAGGUAAGUAAGUAUUUUUUUUAUUUACUUACCUCGUUUCUUCUAUUGUUUUCUUUACUGGAUUGUUGAUUUUUUUAAGACCCGACAAAUCAAACAUGGGGUUCCUGCUUAUAGCACUGAAGAAAGGAAGCUUUUUUGAAAAAAAGAUCCCCAAAUAAAUUUUUUUUGUAUGAACUUUUUUUAAAACAGAAAGUCAAAUAGCACUGUUUUAAAAUUUUGGUUCAUUUUAACUUCUAAUUGUAACUUGUUGCUUUAGUUCGAUUCUCUGAAAAGUUUGUGGGCUAACUGUCCCAAAUUUAAUGGGUUAAAAACAAAUGUUUCUGACAUUAUGCUGAGAUAUUAACCUAAAUUUUUCUAUUUCCCCAAACACUUUAGUCCUUCAAAUAGCAAUACACUGUGAAGCUACAAAUUUGUGCUGUUAACAACUGUUGUUUAAUAUGUUUGGCUUCACCAGCAUCUCCAGCUUCAGCACAGUUGUCUGUAUUACAAGUAGAGCAUAGUGCUGUAAUGAAGUAGCAUAAAAAAGUUCAGAGUACUGGUGAGUGUUAUAUCAAAAAAAAAGCUUUUGGUGCUUCAAAAAUAAUUAUAUUUGCUGCUUGUUUUGUUUAAGAAUGGUAUAGAUAAGUAAUAUAUAUAUAAAUAUGUAUGUCCAAAUAUACAUAGACAUAGUUGAAGCUUAAAGCUUGUUAUACCUGUUUCGGACUGCUUCAACACGUUAUCUAAAAUUAUCACACUAUGCACCGUCUAAAUUAUUUCUAUGUUUGCUUCCAGUUUUAUCAGAACAAUUCCGGUUACACUCACCUGGAUUUUCUUUUAUUUGAAUGUGAUCUGAAAUGCAAAAAAAUGUUUUUUUCUCCAAUUAUCAGUUUUAAGCAGUUAUUACAGUGUACACUACAAAAAAUGUUGCAUUUGGAACAAUCGUAAAGAUAGUGGAGUGAAUUUUAAAAACUACCUCUACGUAAGAGUUGCUGUCAACCUCAUUGUUAAUUUUAGUGAAAAACUGACUAUAUUAUACUUAAUGGAAUGUUUUUAUUUUGUCUCUGGUGUAAAAUGUUUGUGAUGAAGUGUAGUGUUUACAAUUAUUCCAUUUUCAGUAACUUUUAAUGGUUUUACUUCCAUUUGGUGUUGUUUUUCCUUAAUGAUCUAUGAAUACUGAGAAAGUUAAUUCUUACACACUGAUCUGAAGGAAAAGUAUGUUAAAUAUAUGUUUCCAUGGUAAAAAAAUAUAGGUCAUUGUAGUUAUGUGUUUGCCUAGUAAGAAGAUGUAUUCAAAUAUACAGGUCAAAGACAGGGUCAUGGUAGUUUUGUGUUUGCCUAGUAAGGAGAUGUAUUCAAAGAUACAGGUCACAGACAGAGGGUCAUGGUAGUUGUGUGUUUACCUAGUAAGAAGAUGUAUUCCAAGAUACAGGUCACAGACAGAGGGUCAUGGUAGUUGUGUGUUUGCCUAGUAAGAAGACAUAUUCAAAGAUACAGGUCACAGACAGAGGGUCAUGGUAGUUGUGUGUUUGCCUAGUAAGAAGACGUAUUCAAAGAUACAGGUCAACAGACAGAGGGUCAUGGUAGUUGUGUGUUUGCCUAGUAAAAAGAUGUAUUCCAAGAUACAGGUCACAGACAGGGUCAUGGUAGUUGUGCGUUUGCCUAGUAAGAAGAUGUAUUCAAAGAUACAGGUCAAAGACAGGGUCAUGGUAGUUUUGUGCUUGCCUAGUAAGGAGAUGUAUUCAAAGAUACAGGUCACAGACAGAGGGUCAUGGUAGUUAUGUGUUUGCCCAGUAAGAAGAUGUAUUCAAAGAUACAGGUCAAAGACAGGGUCAUGGUAGUUGUGUGUUUGCCUAGUAAGGAGAUGUAUUCCAAGAUACAGGUCACAGACAGAGGGUCGUGGUAGUUCCUGCACACACAUUAACAGACUCACAGUUGUUAGUCACAGUUCCUGCACACACACAAACUAACUCACAGUUGUUAGUCACUAUUCCUGCACACACACACACACACACACACAAACUAACUCACAUUUGUUAGUCACAAUUCCUGCACACACACACACUAACAGACUCACAUUUGUUAGUCACAAUUUCUGCACACACACACACUAACAGACUCACAGUUCUUAUUCACAGUUCCUGCACACACACAGACUAACAGUUGCUAUUCACAGUUCCUGCACACACUAACCCAUGUUACUCUUUCAUGACACUUGCCCAGACACUAUGAAUAGAAACUUGUUUUAUAUCCUUGACAUCAUUUCAUUUGUUUUUCAUAUCUACACCGUCCUCCUUGAACACGAACCAUUUUAUUACACUGAAGUGAAAGCAUCAAAAUUGUGUAUGGAACUUUUAAGGACUAUAGUACUAACAUUUUCCUAUAGGGAAAAGAAUAACAGAUGGCACUGUAAGAGUAGUAAACUGUAACUUUUAGCAAGGGGAUUUAAGGUCAAUGGAAUUGUUUUAUUUUACAUAAGUACAAAUACUUGUGUAGAAGUUAUAUCUCUAACACUUUCACAUUUUUAAUAAUUGCAGAUAACUGGCAAGUUGGAAAUAAUCGUUUCAUAAAACUGUUCAGUGUUUUCAGAAUGCAUUUCAAACAUUCUGUGUUUGGUAUUUAAUACAUUUUGUCUUUCCAGGAGAUUGGUAUGGUUUAAAAAUACAGUUCUUAUACACAUGUUAUAUUUUUUUGAAUUAACUAUGUAAUAUUUGUACAGAGAAACUUCAAAGGGUGAAUUGGUUGGUCAAAAAACGUAACUUGUCCUUGUUGUGAAGCAGAGGUGUGAAUUUGAUUUUAAAAGUGGUGGGGCACGAGAGUUAUUAUAUGUAACAAAAAAAUGUUAUGACUGCUAUAGCGAUGAGUGAUUAUACAAGUAAAUUAUCGAGAAAUUAUAGUUUUAGUACUGCUGUAAUGUGAGAGGGACCUUCCCCUAUUGUUGAAAAAAUGAGGUGAUAUUUCCCCAGUCUUAAAAAAGUGAGGGGGUCAUUUCCCCAUUGUUGAAAAGGAGGACUUGUCCCUAUGUAAAUGCCUAUAUUAAAAGGUUAUAAUGGUGUUAAUGAAUUGGCUAGACCCCGGUGUUUAUGGUGCCUUAAAUGGACAUCGGAAUCUGUACGUUGAGCUUCAACAUUCUGGAGUUUGUAUUAAAUUUAAAGAAAAUUAUUUAAUGGUAUAUAAAUCUCUCUAGAAGAAUUUUACCUAAAUCCCACAAGUAUAAAAAA